AUGUGCUCCGUCGUCGGAUGUGAUUCGGGCCGUCGCAAUGCGCAACGGUUCAAGUUACCGGAGGACCCAGAGAGGAGACUGGAGUGGGUUCAGUUUCUCGCAACAGCCAACAUGCAGCGGUUUAAAGAAGCGUCCUGGACAGACAUUAGAAUUUGUAGCGAACACUUUACAGAUGACUGUUUUAACAACAUGUCACCGAGCCAGUCAGGUUUUACUGGCAGGGACCAGCUAACGUUAAAUCCCAAUGCUGUCCCCUCACUGUGUCUCAAGUCAGAGUCAGAGGAACCUGAGACAAGUCUGCAGAGCCCAACACGCGCGGAGCCUGAGGAAACCACAGAAGUUGCUUAUCAGCGUGAUCAACUCAAAAUAUGCGAUGGCCCAACUUCCUUUUCUGAAGAGUCAAGACUGACUUCUACGGCUUCUGAAGGAAGCCCAGUCCCAAGAGGUGUCUCAUCCUCAACUGAUUCUUCAGAUGGUUUUUAUAUAUCCGUAUAUCGCCAGAUGCAGCCAACAAAUACAAAUUUUGAUUUAAUGAAAGAAAAAGCAUCACUUCUGCAAAUGAAAGGAAAAUAUGUUAUUAAUGAAAAACGUCUCCUCAAGAUGUUCAGCCACAAGUGCCCGUCAUGUGGUUCUAAAGUAAGGAUGGAAAAGGUCACCCGUGGGGUGCUCAUCAUCUUGAACCAACAGUGCCUUCAGUGUGACUACAGCAACCAAUGGAAAAGCCAAGUCAAUGCCAGCGUCCCAACGGCUGAAGAUCAACAGCUGACAGAAGUAGUAGAAGUAGACCUAACUCCAGAGACCCAACAGGCAGCGUCAACAGACAACCCCAGCAUUAUCACAGAAGUCCCUGAGAUUGUUGCUGUUAUUGAUGACAAAAGUGAUGCCAUGGAUGAAACGGGGGAAUCGUGUGAUCAGGGAGAUUCAGACGAGGAUUGGAGGCCGAAGAAUUUGGUUCUGGAUAAAAUGCACAAAAAUAACCAUGAUGACAAAACUAAAGAGAAAGAAGAUUAUGGUUAUCCUCCACUUAUCUCCAAACACGGUCAGCUCUGCACAGAGUGUGGAAAGUUUUUUAAUAAACAGAGGCCUCACACAUGUGAGCACAUAAUUAAACCCUAUUCUUGCAAUAUUUGUGGUAAGAGAUGCGUUAGCAAAUUCACGCUAAAUACUCACAGCAGAAUCCACAGUGAAAACUAUGAGCAUCGGUGCAAAUACUGCUACGUUACAUUCAAAACAAAGGUGGACAAGUUCAGUCACGAGCAGAUCCACCUAAUUGAAGGAAAACCCUAUAAAUGUCCCGACUGUUCAGAGACAUUUGCCAAAAAUAAGGAACGCAGAAUCCACCUGGAGGAUCACAGAGGCCCCCCACAGUUGAAAUGUAACUUCUGUGGGAUUGAAUUCCUCUGGCCACUUACUCUCCAGAGACACUUAGCGGUGCACACAGGAGAGAAGCCGUUUAAGUGUUCAGUGUGCCAACGGGGCUUCAACCAGCCAAGCCACCUGAAAUCCCACAUGCGUCUGCACACGGGGGAGAGGCCUUUUAAGUGUCAGCACUGUGACAAAAGCUUCAAUCACAACGUGAGCUUGAAGAGUCAUGUCCAGCGUUACCACUCAUCCAAUUCUGGACGUGAACGUAAGACAGAAAAGAUUAACAAAAGGGAAAGUGAAGCUGGUGAUGUUCAGGAUGGUGGAAGUAACGGAGUUGCCGAAUCAGGACUUGACAAUGUAGAGGAAGAAGACGACACGGAAGAGGAGGAGGGAAUGUACAGACCUAAAAAAAAAAGGAAAAGCACAGGUAGGCCCAUAGGAAGGCCUAAGAGCUAUGAAUCACGCAACUUUGUAGAAGGCCAGUGUUCAAACACCAAGACUGGAAAUCUACAAGAAUGUGGUGAUGAAGAAAGUCAGUGUGAGCCGAGGUACCGUGACACAUCCUUUGAUUCAGCAGAAGCGAUAAAAAACACAGCGAGAUCGAGGGGAAGAGUAAAACAUCCCAAUUGUGACUCCAAUUUUGAUCCUGAAGAAAAAAAGAACAAGAGGUACAGCAGCCAGAGCCGUGGUAACAGCUCUGGGAAGCGUAGGGGAAGACCAAGGAAAAAUCGUAAACAAUAGGGUUAAAAUGAACAGAGCAAAGGAAUUAAUUAUGUCAAUGUCAAGGUUUGGCUGAAUACUCAAUUCUGAUUGGCUGCAGGUUUUGCAUUAAAAAGUGAUGUAGGUCGGACACCUAAGUAGUUCCAGUCAAACUGUCAAAUGUGUGAAAUGAAUCUCUUAAAUCUUGAUAUAGAUUCAGCCAUGACAUGGCUGGCUUGUGUUGAUGUUAAACACACUGUCAAAUUAUAUUUACGGCCCACUGUAUGUACACUUGUCAACCAUACAAAAUGUUAUCAACUUUUAAUCUUGCUAGCAUAACUUGACUGUUGUGGCUCACCGCUGAGCCAAAGCAAAAGGGUUAAUAUAUAGGAUGGGAAGGAUUGUACUUUGUAUUGUAUAGAUGAGUGUCACCAGGAAAACAUUUGUAUUGCAAAACUUAUGAAAAUAUAAAUUCUUAAAAAAUAAUGUGGCAAUCCAUUCAUUUAUUCUUGAUAAUAGACACAUCAUUGAGCCUUAACACCAAAUUAACAAUUGUGAAAAGAAAGGAGCCGUAUAAGGUGGAUGUUCAUACAGAACUGGACUGAUUUCCUACAGACAGCAUGUACACCUAGGCCACGGUGUAAGUCCGAUUCCGUUGCCUUUUACCAUUAAGAGAAGCUGCUGCUUUAGUUUUAAAAUACUUUUGAAUCAUGUUACUCUGUAUGUAUACUAUGGAUCAAAGUGGAUGACAGUAUAAUGAACAAGUGCCUGUGGGUUUUUUCCAUUGUAAAUGUCCAAGACUUAUAAAACUCAUAUGUAUAUGAUAAUUGAUCUGUAAACUGCUUAAAAACGUAGUCA